AUGGUGGAUGAUCAUGUUGCUGACGCUCCUGUUGACGCUCCACUCUUGAUAGAGGAUCCUGUUGUUGCACCAUUUCCUGAUCCUAUGCCGGUGCUGUUCGACCGUGCACCUUUUGCUACCCAUAUAGAUCCACGUUACGCCGACACACGUAACGGGUGGAUUGAUGACGAUGACGAUUACCCACCUUUUGUGCGACCUGUUACACCUCCAGUAGCCCCCGUUUCAGCACCCAUUUCUGCACCCACUGAUAUCCCACUAUUUCCCCCACACACAACAGAUGCUCAUCGCACUGUUACGUUCCUUCAGGACAUACCGCCACCGUGUCCUGGAGAGGGGUCAUCUAGACAGCCGCCUGUUCCUAUUCCACCCAUGCUGUCAUCACCUUUUCCAUUUGUAUCACAGUUUCCCCAUGUUGCACCACCUACUGCACCAUCCUUCACUCCAUCUAGCGAGCCAUUUCUAUGGACUACGCCCCCUAUUAUGCAACUGUCUGACCCGUAUCACCCAUAA